AUGAGUGCGUGCGCCGUCUGGCACUUCACUCCGUUGGUCAUUGUGAAGGCGAAUUUCAACGAAGAGGAGAUGACGGCGGCCAAGAACGCGCUGAAGAAGUUGAGCAAAACUCAGAGGUACGUUCGGCAAAUUGUCGCUUCCGCAGCUUCUGUUUUAUUUUCAGAACCACGUACAAUGUGCUCAGUUCGAAAAGCGGCAGCUCGAUAGAAGUCUCCGACGCGGAUCACAGCGAACACAGCUACAGAGCCGUAAGAGCAAAUGAGAGGGGGGAAAGAUUGAAAAGGAAAACUUGCAGAAAGUGACGAGAACGAAAGACGGUGAAAACGGAGAUUGA